CAAAUCUUAAUAAAUCGUUUCGUACAAGAAAAAUAUUAUGUAAGUACAAAAAAAUUUGUUUUAUAUAAUAUUCGUAAUUUAAAUAAAAAUGUAAUGCGAGCAUUAGUAAGUACAUGUCACUCAAUACUUAAUAUAAAUCGUUGAAUUAGUGAUAUUCUUCCAGAAAGUAAUAUUUUUUGUAUAGGGAAAUUUAUCUAAACAGUAUAUUGUAUGUCUAAACAAUUGUAUACAGAAAUCUUUUAUAUAUUUACUAAAUAUUGUUUGAUUAAAAUUAAUUUCUAAUGUCUUCUAACUAUUUGUGAAUAAAUCUUAUAAAUUUAAGCGAUUGUAUUGUGAAUUAAUUUCAUAUUUUAUUACUUUUAAUUUUAUUGUUGCUUUUUGUGAAAACAUAAACUUUAUAAAUCAACAUUAUAUACAUUAUCAAGAACAAUGACAAAUGCAGAAGUUGUUAAAAAUAUGUCAGACUGGGAACCAUUGCGACUGACAUAUAUUAAACCAUCAUUUAAUACUCAAGAAUCAACUUUGGCAGCACGACGAGAUUUAUGGCACAAAUUCAUUUUAUUUGGCAUAGGACAAUAUAAAGCAACAGAAGUAUUGAGAACAGUUAUUGUUGCUUGUGAACCUGAAAUUAUAUUACCCAUUAUGUAUAAAGAAGAAAGUCCCAACAAAAGUACAUUCCUGACAAAAUGUAGCUGCGGCGCUAUUGAAAAUCUUGUAAAGCAAGGUUUAUGCAUAACAUUGUCAAAUGGGCAAGAAUUACGCAUUGAUAUUAUAUUGGGAUAUACAGAUUCUCAAAGUUUACAAUUGAAUCCUAAUAGAGUUAUAGCACAGGCACUUUAUUAUAGGUAUGAACCUACAAAAAAGGUAUUGAACCUUGAUGAUUUUGAAAAUGAAAAGUCAUUAAACUCUAUAUAUUGUCCCAUAUCUUUACCUAAAAUAUUACACUUUGUUUUAAGAUGUACUAAAAUGGGUAUUUUGAGCAAUAAUCGUGAUUCACGGUUACCUGUUAGAGAACUGACUUUAAGAUAUAAUCAAAUUACAGGCAUUGUCUUCUUUGAAAAAUUUUUUAAUUAUCAUUUAACCAAAUUAGACUUACGUCAUAAUCAAAUCACAGAUGUGGAAUACUUACGCUAUUUUAGUGAGUUUAAAAUAAGUGAACUUUGGUUGGAUGGGAAUCCACUAUGUGCAAAAUACAGCAAGUGUCAAGAUUAUGUGCAAGCAGUAAAAAAUGUUUUUCCUCAUUUGCAAAAAUUGGAUGGAAUUGUAAUAGGUAUGGAACAAAAGUUUGUUCCUAAUAUUCAAAGUAACUUUCUAAGAGAUGGUACAAAUACUUGUUUGAUCAAACAAUUUGUGAAGCAUUUUUUCACGUUAUAUGAUCAAGAUGAUAGACAAGUGAUGAAUGGUUUAUAUGACAGAGAUGCACUUUAUUCUAUGACUCUGGGACCUGUUUCAAAUUACAUUCAUAAACAGCUAACUAAGACGUUUGUUACAAACAGAAAUUUGCUAAAAUUUGUUGAUUAUGCAAAGUGCCAAGAAUUUUUAUUACGUGGACCAGAAAAAAUCAUUUCUGCGCUCAGAAAUCAACCGCCUACGAUACAUCACUUUAAAACAUUUUAUAUAGAUUUAUUGUAUGAAGGAGAGAUUCACAUUGCAAUUUCUGUGCAAGGAAUGUUCUCAUUUCGAGACAUUCAUCAAUGUCCUCCAAUGUUUUUCAAUAGAACUUUUAUGAUUAUGAAAAAAGAAGAUAAUGAAUAUUGCAUUACUAAUGAUCAGUGUUAUCUUGACGGAACACCUGCUAAUGGCACUUUGUCAGGAAACAGUGAAAUAAGGUUUGAAUCAAAAGGUGCUCCAAAAUUUAUUCCAACAGUGUUUAGUGUUUCUGAAAAAGAACAAUUACUUACAUUUUUACAUGAAUUGACUACAAUGAAUAUGAAAUUUUGUCAUCAAUAUCUUGAAGAUGCCAACUGGGAUAUUAGAACUGCUAUUGUGACAUUUAUGAAUAUGUAUACAGUCAACAAUGUGCCACCUGAAGCUUUUCUAUAAUAUGUAUUUUACUGUAUAAUAUUUAUAUAAUAUAGAUAUCAUUAUCUGUUA